ACAUUAAUGAAUUUUAUUAACAUUUUCUGACCAUUUUAAUUCAGUUCCAUUGAUUCGACGACAUUUCUGCGUAUUUUCAAUUCAAGAAAAAGGAGGAUGUUAGAUUGUGAUUUUGUCACGAUUAAAAAGUUAUCGUUGUACUAAAUGUAAAUUGGAUUAGUUUUGAAUUUGCGCAUUAUCAAUUUAAAACAAUGUCAAAUAUAGUGGCCAAAUUACCCGAUUUAUAUGAAUCAUAUAAAUUAUGGGUGAGCUCAAAUCCAUCGACUGUGGGUGACGUUGAGACCACCGUAAAAUGGUUAUCAUAUUUCUUGGUCGGUCGUGUGAAUAGUUCAACAAUUGUGUCUGAAUUGAUCUACACACUUUCGAAUUUAUUGGUGCUGUUCAAUGAUAGAAUCAUUGAAAAAUCAAAGAGCGUUUGUAUUUCAAGUGAUCGAUCCAAAUAUCGUUUGAAAAUUUUGCUAACCACACUUGAAUACAGUGAAGUAUUUAUUGAGCUAUCGGCAAAAAAAUUGUGGGGCGAACGUGGACGUUGGAUUUUCAUCACAAUUGUACAGAUUGCCAAAUGCAUCGGGCGAUUUGUAUUGAAAUUUUACCAUCACGAAUUAAUCACACAAAAUCCACCAAUUGUUGCAUUGGAUCGGAAAAAUAUUGAUAAAAUAAUCGCCGAAACAUCAUCGGAUGAAUCAAUGCCGGAAAUGUUUGAUGCCGCAAAUUCAACGUUCACCUUUAAAUUAAAGCGAUCCGGCCGUGUUGUACGCAAAGUAGAAGGAUCGCCACCGGUUUACUUGCGUUCAUGGAAACCAUUGGAUCCAGAUAAAAUCGAUGUACCAACCAGCGUUCCGAGCGUUCCGAUUGUAAAAUACAAGAGUCUCAACAGCGCCGAAACGCUGUACAUAUUGAAACCAAUUAUUCACCUCACUAGUGCUGGCAUUUUCGGCAUCAAUAGUUGGAAGAGCUACAGUGUAGCAUUAUUCAUUGAUUUGGCCAGUUUGAAUAUGUAUAAGAAGAAUAUUCGCUCCCUGUCACCAAAACAACGUCUUGAACUAUCACGCCGUACAAUACAGCUACUGUUGUAUGUCAUACGAUCUCCAUUCUAUGAGAAGUUCACACAACACAAAUUAAACGCACUUAUCAAUGCCAUUGCAUGCACCAUACCAUUCAGCAGUACUGUCUGUCAACCACUGCUUGAAUACAUUCCACAAUGGCAAAAAACUUAUUUCUAUAUGUGGUCAACAUAAAUAAUUUUUAUGAACAAAAUAUGGAGAACACAAUUUUAUAUAGGCAAAUUAAGGGUGAUUAUUUUAGGUGGUUAUGCAUAAUUUUUGUCGGUUCUUAUGAGGUCGAAAAAGCUAUUGAACAAUAAAAUAUUUUGGCAGUUAAAUUUAAA